AUGCUAGGGGACCUAAAAGUUUGCCCCAAAAGGACAGAGGAGCCUGUUGGCUAUGACACGACCCUACCUUUUAUACUCUGUUCAACAGAUUUGGAGGACACCUGGGUCACAGGAGACAAAGAAGGCUUCGAAGCCCAGAAAGGCAAGCCCAUAGAUAUUAAUAGUGCCUUCCUCUCAGGGAUGAAGUGCACACCGUACUCAUCUUUGGAAGGCCAGGACGGUGGAGGCAAGCCCCUGGCUGCUGGAUCAGAGGAGGAGCUGCUGCAGGGGUCAGCCCCCCACACUCUGCGUGCCCCGAGUGAGGACCUGCCACUCUCUGGUGCUGUCUCAGGAGAAAAGAAGCUGCCAGAGGUCUCUGGAGAACUCACUGGGACCACUGCUGGGAGAGUGGGCCAGCCCCCCAGCGCCAAGGCUCUGCACAAAGACAGAGCUCUAGCCCCACCCAGACCCCAGCCCCAGGGGGAAGGUUGUUCCCUCCCAGUGAGAGAGGCGAAGGCAGGCAAAAGGCCCUAUUCCCCAGCCCCCGGUAAGCAGAAAAAGCCUAAUGCUGUGGGCCUGCCCCCCACGUCAUCUCCUGGUGUCUCUAACUCAGUCCGUGCCACACACAACCCAGUGCCUUGUGGGUCAGGCCGGGGGCCCUGCCACCUGGCCAACCUCCUGAGUACGUUGAACCAGAACAGCCAAAACACAGACCAGAAAAAGAGGCCCCCAGAAAUGACCUGCCAAGUUCGGAAAAAGACUCGAACACUAUACCGCUCAGACCAGCUGGAGGAGCUGGAGAAGAUCUUCCAAGAGGAUCACUAUCCUGACAGCGAUAAGCGCCGGGAGAUCGCCCAGAUGGUGGGGGUCACCCCGCAACGCAUCAUGGUAAAGGGGAGCGGAAGUCAGGUCUCGGGUGUGGCCUCAGGACCUCCGCCUUAGUCUCUACCCCCUUUCGCAAGUUCAAGUGCCUUUCUUCUAUAGGUGUGGUUCCAGAAUCGCCGGGCAAAGUGGCGAAAAAUGGAGAAGCUGAAUGGGAAAGAAAUCAAGGACAAUCUGGAAGCUCCUGCCCCUGCUCCUGCCUCUGUCCCUGCCGGAAGUCAGUGCAGCUCUACGGCUGAGCUCCCACCCCCUGUGCUCAUGGACCCCGAGCCUGAUACUUUUCCUCAGGAGCCCCCUCCAGAUACCUUUCCAGAGCCUCCCAUGCUGCUGACAUCUGACCAGACUCUGGCCCCAACCCAACAGAGUGAAGGGGCUCAGAGGGUGGCAGGAACCCCUCCACUCUUCAGCCCCCCACCUGUUCGAAGGGCCAACCUUCCUUUUCCCCUCGGCCCUAUCCACACCCCCCAACUGAUGCCUCUGGUGAUGGAUGCUCCCGGCAGUGACAGCAGCCACAAGAAUGGCCUCUGUGGGUCCUGGGGGACAAGCAUCACCCCCCAACCCACCUGCUCAUAUCUGGAAGAGCUGGAACCUCAGGAUUACCAACAAAGCAGCCAGCUGGGGCCACUGCAAUUCCCCCAGGCCCCGCAGACCCAGUUUUCUUACCCCCACCCCUCGCCCUUCCCCACGCCCAGCUCGCUGACACUCCCUCCACCGGAAGACACGCUUUUCUCCUUUCCCUGCAGCCCCAGCGGGGGCACGUCGCAGGGCUAUUGCCCAGGCCCAUCCUCAGGGCAGCUCCUGCUGCAGACGCCUGCUGGGAAUAUGGGUACAGUCCCCUGGAGUGACCCCUACUUGCCGGAACUGCCCUUCCCUGGUCUGUUCUUCCCACAAGCUCUGGGGCACCCCCCGGGAGGAGAUGGCUGCUUCCCCGAUCUAUUUCCAGCUCCCUGUGCUCAGACUAUGAGCAGGCAGGCUUCACCAGGCCUCGCCCGGCCGCCUGAAGGGGCCAGACCAGGAACGGGGCCUUUAUUCCUCAAGGCACAAGAGGAGCAGCCUGGCACUUCCCUGAAGCAGCCCUCAGCCCUGGAGGAGGUCAGAGAGGAAGACAAGGACAGCCACGGCCCCUAGCUGGGGGUCCGCAGAGUGGGGAGAGGCUUCUCAGUGGAAUGGCCCUUUUCCCCACGCCUGUAUGUGGAGUCCUGAAAAGAGAGGCUGGCCCGUCUUACUUUUGGAUGUUCUGUCAGUUUAUGCUGUUUCCUUUCCUUGCUAGGCAAAUGAGCCAGAGUGUCCGCAGAAAGCAGUAACGUAGUAAACCUUUGGG